AAUGUUUAAUAUCUUUUCACCGAGAGUUUGGUAACAGGGAACAGGGUCCACACUGGAGAGGCACAACUAAAACAAGAUGCUGCAGGAAUUCAAGGCUUUUGCACGAGGUUUCAGCUUCUGCGGUCUCUUGUGUCGCGGUGGAAAGUGUUUAGGUGGAUACUUCCUCCUCGCUAGAUCAACCUCAGCUCGUUGACCCAGUGGGAAGUAGCUCUUUUCUCACCUCAUCCCUGCCUCCUCCCUUCAGGCCAAGGGGACGGUUCUCGCCGCCUUUGUCCCUGUGUUUAUUCUACCCACGCCCCCCCCCCCCUUCCAAAUGCUUUCAAUGGAAGAGGGAGUUACGUUUCAUUCCCGCCUUUGAAUUUUAAAACCCAAAGAAGCAAAGGACAGGGGGGCGUCUCAAGCGUCCAAUGGAUAGAAAUGGUUGCAAACUUCUCCGUUGAAGAAAUGCAAGCCAGUGAAGAGAGGGCUCCAGUAAGGAAUGUGAAAGAGGAAAAUGGAGAUGAUGUUGACAACGCAGAGCCAGGUUCUGACGAUGAAAGUUCUGCAGAAUCUGAAAAGGUGGAGUCUGAUUCGGACACAUCCGAGGCAGAUUCAGAUCCAGGCACAGAAGACACAGAAGAUCCUCAGUUGUUAAAUCAGGAACCAGAAAACUGCAGCACUGAUGAGACAGCAACCACAAAUCCACACCCAGGCUUCUACAUCAAGUCACCAUGUCCAUUCUGUGACAGACAUCAGAAUCAAAACUUUGAACAAGUAACACCAAGACACAUCUCGGAGGAGCGUUUCUGUUUGAAGUUGCAGCACGAAGGAAGCUAUCAAUGUGUUGCCACCGGCCUGGUAUUUGAAGUGACAGAUAAAGUUGACAUUAUUUACUCAAUUCUGUCCUGGUGUAAAUAUGACACCUUUCUGAAAGACAACUGGAAACUCUGUGGCCCACUGUUUGAUGUGAAGAGUGACCCCACCAGACUAAAAAGCAUUUACUUCCCUCACUCUCUCUGCUUAGCAAAUAGCUCAUCUGAUUUAAAAUUUAAAAUUUUACACAUAAAGGACAAGGAUGCUGAAAUAGAGCCAGUUACCGAUCAUUCAACGUCACAUGUUCAGUGGAAUGUGAGUUCUUUGUCGCCUGUUGGACCAAUAUUCCAGAGCUCUUCCCAGGAUGUGCAACAUCACGGAGCGGUGCUGAUUUACAAAGUCAUUAAUGACCAUCAGUCCUUACUGUUUCAUGUGUACAUAGCAGCAAACAAUGAUUCUGUAAUUAAGGACAUCAUAAAGGCAGAGAAACACACAAAACAAAAAUCUGUGAAAAUCGAUAAGCCCACAGCUUGCUACAAAAAGCUGACCAGCGGCAAAACAUAUCGACUCCUGAGCGAACCGUCCGCAGAGAUAAUCCCUGAGGAGAUUGAAUUCAUGGACAUGACAUCUUUUAAAUGUAAAAGUUACUUUGAAGUAUAUUUAGAACAAGGAGAAGAUCUUCAGCUGAAACUGAUGGACAAAGAGUCAGAUGAAGUCAUAUGGACAUCCAAACUGCGGGAGUGUGACUGGCCGAUCAAUAAGCAGAAUGAACCAGCAAAAGAAAGAAACAUUAACAAAAAUAGGAGGAGAAGAUCAAGCUCUGAAAUCUUGGCGGAAGAUACCAAUGUCAAAAAGCCACGUGUGGAUAAUACUGCAGAUGGAUUAACGUGCAAAAGGAAUAAUUAUAUGACUGAUAAACAGUUAAUGCAAUUGGCGGCAAAACUGGGAAAGAACUGGCAGAUUAUCGCCAUAAGCUGCCUCGACCUCGAGUACCAAGAUGUUGUGACAAUUAAAAAUGAAAAUGAAAUACUUACAAUGCAGAUAUUUACCAUGUUGCAAACAUGGAGGAAUAAAGAAUUGAACAAUGCAACUCCAACAAAUCUCCACGAAAAGCUCUCCCAAGCCGACAUCGCAUGUGAUGCCCGGGUCAUUCUAGAAGGUUUUUGUUAUCAAGAAAAGAAUGACAAAGAACCCCAGGAGCAGAGGCAAAACCUUCAGGGUCAAUAAUGUGAUCUAUGACUCAAUUAUUCACAGUUCACCAUUUUGGAAUACACAUCUGAGAUGUUGAUGAUGCUAGAAAGGCAAAGGUUUAUUGUCCAUCCCGACCUAUCCAUGAGGUGGUUUUGGCAAAAUGACUUCUUGAACCACUACAGUCCAGGUAGUUUGUGUGAUUGGGACGGCCAAGAUUGUGACCCAGCAAUGAUGGAGAAGCUGUAAAUGUUUCCUCAUUACAUUCGCAAUUGGCCUGGAGAAGAGUGGCGAUCCCAAAAAAACAGUACUAUAUCAAGCUGGUCGAAAACAGAUUUUACGAAAUACUGCUGAACAAACCUUGCUUUAGUGCAUUGGGGAUGGUAUAACUCCAGCUGCCGUGAACCAGUGUUUGAGGGACUAUUUAAGAAACAAUCAAAUUGCUUAGAACCUCUUGUGCGUUGUUGUGGCUGCAUCCCAUCACACUCUUCCUGAAUAGGGUUUUUUGAUGGAAGUGAGGAAUCGUUGCAGAAUAUAUUGCUUCAGAUUUACUCUUAUAGCUGAAUCAGUUAAAACUCCACUCAAUAUCAUCCCCCUGUGAGAUACAAGGAACUGCAGAUGCUGGUUUACAAAAAGGGACACAAAGUCUGAAGAAGGAUCCUGGCCCAAAAUGUCAUCUAUCCAUGUUCACCAGCAAUGCUGGUUGGCCCCUGAGUUACUCCAGCACUUAUGUACCUGUUUUUUAUUCCUCAAUGAUGGUGAUGGUGGUAGAUCUGACCAUGAUAAUUUCAUGGAACGUCAAGGGGAGGUGAUUGAUUUCACCUUUAAUGACACCUUCCAUUAUCUUGUGGACCACAGUGGAGGUUUGCUCUGCAAUGUCUCUCCGUUUGUGCAUUGAAAUGCCAGAUUACAUUCUUUCAGUGAAUGCCGGUUUUGCUGGAGCAGCUAAACUUGAGGUGUGACAGGACCUGGAGCCUCAGUCUUCAGCUAUACAAAUUCAAUGUCGUCCGGGCGACAUGCUCUAUAACAUCAUGGGCUCAUUGCAUUUUGAGUGACACAUAAAAAUGGAAGGCUUUCUUCUGUGCGGGAGAGGACUUCAAAAAGAACCUAGAGGGCUGUCCCACUUUCACGACCUAAUUCACAACCUUUUUUACUCGUGGACAUUUUUCAUCAUGCUAGAAAAAACGCCCCGACCUACUUGAUGCCACGAGUAACCACGACUAGCAUCACGGCCUGCUACGACCUACCUACACCCUCCUACGACCUUGUGACGACCAUGCUGCGAGUACGAGUCAAGGGCAAACUCGGCAGAGGUCGGGAAUUAGGUCGUGAAAGUGGGACAGGCCCUUAAGACAGGUUGUACACUGCUCCAAUACUUCACUCUCAUCUUUUGCAAGCACAAUUUGGCUUCCCUAUCAUUUGGGUUGGUGAUCUCAGCUGUUUUAUUUCAGCGAUAGAACUGUAGUCCUUUGAGUUUAUCCAUUGGACAUGAGACCGCUUAGAAUAGCUUCAAUAGAAUGCUGCUUUUUCUGUUUAGAAUAUAGUUUGUCUUCGACUGCAGCUUCACCAAGUACUGUACCUCAUUUUAGGUACAGCUGGUGGAGCCCUGGGAUUGUUCUUCAACACUCCUUGUUCAACUGGGAAUGGUCCCAAGGCUUAGUGGUAAAGAGACGGGACUGCACGGAUUUAUUAAUUUUCAGAAUGUGGUAGAAUUCAGUUCUAUUGAUAUUGAUGACUUUCAGCAUCUUGUGGAUCUUUUGAGGUUUAUCUCAUGAAGGAAUGAUGGCACCACGGAAUAGUGUGGAGUUUGUAAAGACUGGAGUUUGCUCUCGAACGAUACGGGUAACAAUGGCCCAUUCAACACUGCCAUGAUUUUUUUUUACAUGAGGUCAAUUGGACUUUCCCUUCAUUUGGUUCUCUCACCAUCUACCACUGUGUUUACAAUGCCAACUCCCAGUGAUCCAAAUGAAUUGUAUUAAUAUAAAUAUCAUGCAGAUUUAAUAGAACCAAUUGGUUGCAAAGUCAAUUGAAAGAACAGUCACGUUGACAGUGAUUUGGACUCACAUUUAGGUCCAAUGGGCAGGCCCAGCACAUUCUCUUCCUGCAAGAUUAUUUGUGAAUAUCGUGGCUUACAUUUUCCAAAAGGUCCAUUUUGUAAAAAACAAAAUAUUCAAGAGAAAUUGUCUUUGUGGAUCUUUAAAUUGAAAGGUUAGUUACAAAACCACAUGGUGUGAA